GCUUCAGGAAACAUUACUUCGACCAUUUACCGCCGUGGCUGCCAUUGAAGCACCAGCGGCAUCCCGAUCUGCAGAUCAGCGCCUGGUGGACUUGGCCCAUGAGUCCGAGUGCCUGAAAGCCACGAUCGCUCGACAACAGGAGCAGAUUAAUGCCUUGCUGAAGCAGAAAGAGCCACUGAAAGCUGGGAAAGUGCCAGAGGAUCCAGAGGAGGAAGCCAGAAAUGAAAAUUGGACAUGUCACGACUGCACCUUUCAGAAUAUCCAAGAACUCCAGGAGUGUGAGAUGUGUGGUGCAGCCAGGUUCCAGUCGCAGCCCUCCAAGAAGCCUCGCCGAGCGGCCCCGGCUGUGAUCGACGUGCCCCUGGAAGCAUCUCCUGUUGCGGUCAGGGAUUUGUCCGACGGUCCACGAGAAUUUCUACGUCAAGCCACACAGGUGGUUGAAGCCAAUGUGACUUCUGGAUCGCAACAUGCCUCACAGGAGGAUCGCAAAGCUGAUGAGUCUGAGAUUUGUGAAGUCCCUUUCGAUGGUGAAUCAGCACCCUCACGGCCCCUAAAGCUCCGGCGCAAUUUCGUUGAAAGCCUUUGCCCCUACCAGAGACAUGGUGUGGCAUGGCUGUGGCAGCUUUACCUGCGAAAACAAGGAGGCAUUCUGGCGGAUGAGAUGGGGGAUGGUGCUAUAAACCGUCCAACGAUUCCGAUUUCCACUGGCACACUGGGACUCCAGCUCGGGCAAGCCUGUGCAUUGAUAGAGGCCAUGAACUCUCCUGGCGCCAGUCGGGCUCAUGUACUGGUGGUGAUGCCAGUUACCUUGUUGGACCAGUGGGCCAAGGAGUUGGCUCGAUGGUGUCCAGGCUGCCCAGUCUACAUCUACCACGGGUCUCCAGGGCAUCGACUGCGAGCAUUGAAGGCAGUGCUACGGCGAGGAGGUGUGUUGCUGACAUCCUAUGCCAUCAUCAAGAAUGAGGAGGACAAGUUGGCAUUUGUCAAUGCAUCUGAGAUGCUGAGCCCUGGGAACUGGCUGGGGAAACCGAAGCAACUUGGCAGAUUUGGCAGCUUAAGACCUCCAGAUAUUGAUGCCGCGCCGUCAGCUGCAGAAAAGCCCUGGGACUUGGUGAUUUGUGAUGAAGCGCACGUGAUGCGAACCAUCUCCACUUUGCUUGGCAAAGCCAUGCGGAAGAUCCAAGCUCGCUGUCGCAUUCUCCUCACUGGAACGCCUGUUCAGAAUGCCUUGCAAGACUUGUGGGCUCUCAUGGAUUUUGCGGAGCCAGGAUUGCUUGGGAAUCAUGCUACAUUUACCAAGCGAUUCAACGAUCCCAUUGAGAAGGGCAGUUUGAGGGAUGCUCCAGCUUCUGCAGUGGCCUUGAAGAAGCACCUUUGCGAACAGCUUUGGAGCCUGGCGAAGCCUCACCUCCUCCGCCGCACCAAAGAGCGCCUGAACGCCACGGCCGGCGAAACGGCGGUCAUCGGCAAGCCAUUGCCCAACAGACUGGAGUUUGUGGUUUGGCUCACUCCAUCUCGAGACCAAGUGCGAACGUACCAGAAAGCCUUGGAGACCAGUGACAUCAUUCAUGAAGCCAAUAGCAAGAGCAAACUUGGAGUCGAAGUGUUCCGCGCCAUCGGACUACUCAAGAGGCUUUGCAAUCACCCACUGCUGGGAGCAAAAACGGAGGCUUGGCGUGACUUCUUGACCUCUGCGGGCAAGGUGGACGACGAAGCUGUCGGUGAAGAUGUGGAGCCUGGUAAAGCCGUGGAGCGAAUGCUGAAGAGCCCUGGCAGAUGGACCUUGAAGCGUGACACGGCCUCGCUGGUCCAUCAAAGCGCCAAGUUGCAGUGCCUCAGUGCUUUGCUACCUGCUUUGGCUUCUGAUGGUCAUCGAACUUUGAUCUUCUCACAGGGUGUGAGGAUGAUGGAUUUAGUCGAGAUUUGCGUCCUGAAACGCUUGGGCAUCACAUACCUGCGAAUCGAUGGACAAACUGACGUUCAUGCACGAAAUGAUCGGGUGCAGAAGUUUCAGACGGACUCACAGUACAGCUGCAUGCUUUUGACCACAAAAGUGGGUGGCUAUGGCCUGAAUUUGACCUCCGCCGAUCGCGUCAUCAUCUUGGAUCCUGCAUGGAACCCAGCUGUAGACAUGCAGGCAGUGGAUCGCGCGCAUCGGAUUGGUCAAGAGCGUGAAGUGAAGACAUAUCGGCUGAUCAUGAGUGGCCUCAUUGAGCCUGCAGACUUGAUGAGUUUCAUGUUCCAGCAAAGAACCUGUGGCAAAGUUUGGACAAAAUCCUUGUCCCGCUUACAAGUCUUCAAGAUGGGUUUGACCAAGACCGCCUUAGAGACCAAACAGCAACAACGGUAUUUCACUGCUGAUGAGAUCCAUGGCUUGUUCGAAUGGACAGACCCCGCAGAGGGAGAGACGAGAAAACUGCUGCGUGAUAUGCAUGGAAUCGAAGACUGCACUACUCAGUGCGACAAGGGGCUGGCAAUCAGACCAACCGUGGCAGGUUUGAGCAGUUUCUCAUACCUCUACAACACCUUGCAGGUGGAGGACGAAGUGGCUGAAGAGAUGGCGCCGGAAGUGAGGCUGAUGAAGGCUCAGCUCAAGGUGGCUGAGGAAGCCGCCGGUAAGGCGGCACAGCUGCGGGCGGAGGUGGAGCUGUCGUUGCAAAAAGCUCAGCAGGAAUUGCAGACCACCAUGGAAGAUUUGGGCAACGGCCGGGCCAACCGCAGUGCAGCGGGGCAGCUGAAGAAAGCUCAGGCAGCAUUGACGCAGAAAAAACGCAAAGAGGGUGCCAUCAUAUCAGAAGCUGAGAAAGUAAAGAAAGCCACGGAGGCGUCUGCACAAGAGGUGAAAGCUGCUCAUGAGCAGCUGUCAAAGCUCAAAGAGGAGGUUUCCACAGCACAGCAAGCUGCAGAUGAAGCCUCCAAAGCCUUCUGCGAAGUUGAGAGGCGGUUAGUGCAUUGCAUUGCGCAAGCCCAGGAGAAGGCUCUGAAGACAUUGGAAAAGGCCAAAGCCAAAGCAAUGGAGAAGGCUUCUCAAAAGUUAUCUCAGGCCUUGGAGGCUCACCAAGAAAGCAAGGCGGCAGUUGCAGAAGAGUGGGACAAACUACUGGACAUCGAAGCUCGAUACGAAGAGUGCCAGGGGGAUAUGAACAUCGUGAUGCAAGGCUUCGGAAAUGAAAACUGCAUGCCCUUAAGGACAUCCCAAGCUGCACGGCGCAACACCGAGAAGGAGAAGGCAGCAGCUGAGAAGACCAUGGCCAAGGCCGUUGUAGCAAGCUCAAAAGCCACUGAACAGUUGAACCAAGCAACGUCAGACUUCCGCAAGACGCUACCAGCUACAGACUCGGGUGGGGAAGCUACACGGGACCAGGAGCUGGAGGAAGCCUGGACGGCGCUGCUCCAUCAUCGCGAUGCCUAUGCCAAAGCGCAGGCACAGAAGCAUCGCACCAUCCGUGGCAGGCUUAGUGCGGCCCGGAAGUUGAAGGAGCAGAAUGCCAGACACGCAUCUGUGGAAAAAGAAAGUGCCAAAGCAUCAAAGGAGUUGCAGGCUUGGCAGGCGGAGCUGGCCCAGCUGGAGCAGCAGGUCGCCGAGGCGGAGGCUCAGAGUCGGCAGCUGGAGGAAGCCGAACGACUGAAGAAGCGCAAGCGGGAGGAAUGCCGCAUCACCAUCGGUGAAGCCAAAGAGUCAUUGAAAUCUGCCCGCUUGGCUGAGAAAACUGCGGCCGCUGAGAGAACCGCCCUGUACAAGCACUAUGCACAAGCUGACGACACCCUGAAAGACGCCUUGAAGUCGGCGCGCUCGGAUGAGCGCGCGGCCGCGGCGGAGCGGCAGAAGGCCAUCGCGGCGAUUCAGGCGUUGAAAGCAGAAAAGUACGAUGCGAAUCAGGUGGUGGAAGCCUAUGAAGCCAAAAAACGAGUGCGACAGGAUGCAGAUAUGGCAUGA